AUGGCGGAGACAUCGCAUCGGACCAGGUAUUGCAGUUUGAGCUCCUGCAGUGGGCGAGCCUUCCUUUGGCGACCUGAUGAGGAGGGUUUGGUGCCCAAGAAGCCGCGAGUCUCGGAAAGCUGGCGUCUCCUGGCAGCGAAAGGAGGUUGCUUUUCUCAGUACAUCCAAGGAUUUCACAUUUGCCACGCCUUUGAGGACUGGAGAGGGGGUUUUGAGCCCUUGGUGCUUCACGUGGCCUGCCGUAGCUUGCCCGAAGCCUGCCAGUUGGUGGCCCAAGCACAGCUAGCCUUCCCGAAGAGUUCCUUGUUGUCCUUCCGGAAGCGUUUCGUUGUGCAGAUCUUGGGGGAAGAUUACGUGGAGCCUUGGCCAUUUUCGCGGGAGGUAGACAAAGUUUUUCUCUUCAAAGAGCAUGUCAUUCUGUGGCAGCGACAAGCUUUGGCGGAAUCGCGUGAUUGCCAUCUUGCCACCGCCCCAAUCAUUUUGCAAUAUCAGUGCUUCACUCCAUCGGUGAGAGUCUUGACUGAAGAACUGUUUUUUCGGGAGCUUGGCAACGAGGGUGAUUUGUCUUUGGAAUUGCUGUGUGAGAGGUUGGGUUCGCGCCUGGCAGAUGUGUUGGAGAGAUGCGGUUGGGUUAUUCCUGUUCUUUGGGUACCAAAACCCAUCAUGCUCCUCUUAGUGCAAGGUAAGUGGAAAGCUUUGGUUCUCCAUAUGAUGAACUCUGUUCCAAAUAGAGAUGCUCCACUUUUCCAGAGACAUUGUUUGAAUUGGCUGCGAGAUUUGAUGCAGUAUCCAUCCAACGGUUGCUUCAGUUGUUUGUGGGGAAACCGUUUUCAGCAAUACCGCUCGCCAAACCACCCGCUGACUAGUGCUUGUGCUUUGUUUGCGAUGCAACAGCUCCGGGCCCAUUCCUCUGCAAUCAUUGCGGACGGUGGGCCGAGUUCCCAGAGCAGGCUGGAAGAGACUCUUGAAGGCUUGGAAAUUUUCACACAAAGCUUAGUUGAAAACCGGCAGGCUGGCAGCCACGUAACCGGACGUAAAGCUGUCGCCUCUCGCAUUUUUGAUGACAUUCGCGCUGCUCACCUUUUGAGAAACCGUGGCCACUUCAAGGCCAUGAAGACUGCAAUGAUGCGAAGCCUGAUGCCUCAUCAGCUGCAGAGCCUGGCGAAAGCCAUGAUGUAUGACCCAUUGUCGGUGUACAUGGAUUGCACCUUUGCAGUUCUGUUUCGGGAUGUGCUGGACAGCAACUUUGGCCCAGUCUAUUUGUGGUGCGACUCAUCCCCGCAAGCUGGGGUUGAUUGGCUACUGAGCAUCAUUGAUUACAUUGCCGAAGACCACCUGGAGGAGUGCCAUCAGAAGUAUCAAGCCCUUUAUCGAUCCACAAGUCUGAUUCAGCAAUCCGUUGAGGAUGUGAAUUUACUUGCCGAGAUUGCGGUUAACCGUGCAGAUGCAAUCAAAUUCCUCAGGCAGAAACUGCACAGACAUAGGCAAAUGCCCAUGGGCUUAGGCUCGGGGGCCAGCAAAUUAGAGAACAAGUGCCAGGCGCUUGCCAUGAAGUUGGCGCAUGAGACUCAUUCAUUCCAAGCUUUGCGACGGGUGGCCAAACAAAUAGUGUCUGUCACAGUUGACAUGGGUGUGGAGUCAGGCGUUGCGGACGCCCAAGGGGGGGAUGUGGUGUCAUACUUGCCGCCGUGGAUGGCUGCCCAAGAUUGUUUGCAAGAGGACGCCGGCUUGGAUGCAGUUGAGGUUUCUUCAGACCGUUUAUUUCCAAGGUCAUUGCUUGCUGCAGGCCUAGACCACAUUUCAAACAACUUACUCAGCGACAUGGACCAGCACUUGCAAUGUUGGGAUGGUUGGCUUCCAGGGUUUAAAGCUCUGGCGCACCUUUUGAGCCACAAGCAUCUGUUGAGCAGACUAGUUGGUCGAUGCAUUCUGGGGACUCCACAUCAAGCUUUAGCCAGGAUGUUUGAAACCUGCAUAGAGCCCAUUGCCAAGUGGCGGUGGGGAACCAUUGUGAAGACUUUGCCUUCAGUACUGAGACUGGAACGAGGUUUGCGGAUUGUUUGGGAUGAGCAAAAAUUCCUUGCUAGAGGUGAAACCAUGCAAAGUCAAGGUCAGGAUGACUCUUUUGAUUGCAGCCUUAUCACCAAGACCAUCCAAGACAACAGCUGGUGGGCCAUGAGCCAUAUGCUUUUGCAUUUGCAUUCCAUCGGUAAUCUUGCUAGCGCUUGGGGAAGCAGUUGUCAUUGUCAUGAAUGGAUCACCGAGAAGCCUGAGUCACAGCAUUUUGCUAUGAGUGAAGCUUUGCAUCGCACGCUGGAAACUUUGCGCCUGGAGAAAGGCUUGGACGGUGCGAACGUGGAUUGUCCAUUGAAAGGCAAACGGGCUCCAGAGCUAGCAGCUGGGAUGUUGAUGCCGCGCAUCAAUGAACUUGUAGAGCAUUGCACGAGCGACGUGCUGCUUGCUUGCUCAUCGGUUUCUGCCGAACAACGGGAGAAGGUUGUCAAUGAUUUCACCUUGGGGGUUGACUACAUACGCAUGACCCUCGACGUCAAACUUGGGCAUUGGGCAACCUUGCCUUGGCUCCUUGCCGCCUUGUCGCUACCAGAGCCGAGUGUUCAACACAAAGCCAUAGCGCAGAGAGCAAUUGAGGAGUUUGACAAAUUACCUGCGAUACCCAUUCACCAUCAUCAGUUGACUUGGCAGAUUUUGAACCCGAGUUCUACAUUGCGAAGCCAGCUUGAAGCGGUAGCGCAGGGUGCUUUGUUGGCAAGCCUGCCAGGGCUUGCGUCAGAAGUGGCUCGUCUCUCUUUUGUGCCGGUAGUGGAACGGAUUGUCGAGGGAGCGCACAGCUUGGUCCACAGACACACUGGGUACAGAAAAAUUUCUGGUGCAUAUGUAUCUUGCUCGCACAGACUCCCUGAGAUGGAGGCCAUCCUUGACACAGAUGACGGUCUGGAAAACUUUUGCGCAGCGUUUGAGCAGUUGCGGAAGCCACGGCAGCUAGCCAAAAAGUUCAGGCUUCAAGACCACCCUCUAUGGCUGGAACUGACAAGUAAGCCGCCCAAGCAGCAAUCCGGAGUGCAGAAGCUUCUCAAGUCAAUUGUAUAUUCCACAGAUGCUCAUACAAUGUAUGUUGAUCAUGCAAUGUCACGGAAGCAGCAUGACAAACGCCAAUGUGCAGCCAUCAAAGCAAAACUUGCAGUGAACCCCAAGCCCAAGAUUGCGUUGACGCAAGAUUCAGUCAUGCAACAUGCCCUGGUCCAACACGUCCAAGAGAUGUUGAUCCCCGGAGA